AUGCAACGCAACUUAUCAGGCCCACAGCAAGAAAAGGGCACAGAAGCACCAACCGAUGAAAGCGAGCGAUUAAAACCACUACCCGUGACAUCACGAGCGGCACAAGGUCCCUUUCCGCCAGAAUUACCCACAAAGAUAUCAGGACCAGACUUGUCCUUCCUCAAUGAUGACCAGCCUGAUCAGAAACAUCUGGCUGUUGCGAUUUCAAAAGAGCAGUCUGACUCUCGUCACAACAAUCAACAAGGAUUUCAAACCGAUGAAGAUGCAUCGCGGGAACUCAACGAGGCAUGUUUUGCAGGAGAGAACAGUCAACACAAGAUCCGAGAGCUUUGGAAGAUGCAAGGAUCCGAUGAAAACGAAGAUGGCAAAUUAGCUACGGAGACGAGACGCGCCCAAUUCCUCUUAGAUUUAGAACGGGCACAAAAGGAAUUCGACUAUUGGGAUGAACGAGUGUGGCAGAUCUCUCUCGCGAGAGGUCAUAGAGGUUUCUAUGAGCCAUACAUGUCGGGGGCAAACCACACGUCGAACGUCUUUAACGGGAUACCCACAAGCACCUUGAAUCACGCGCCUUUACAGCCAGAUCCAAAGCCAAAGAGCCCUCCUCGAAGCGAACAAGAACCCGUGCGAUACCAAACGCGAGAGGUGAAACGAAGAAGAGACAAGAGAGAGUCUGAGAAAGAACUCCACACCAGCAAGCCAUCCCCUUUCGUGGAUGUCCAUGUCAACCCCAAGACUCGUCGAGAUGUUACAUUGCACGUCGAUAUGGAUGUGAAUGAAGAUCUAGAAGAAGAGCUCGAAGAGUUCUCAAAGCUCAGGCGAAUUGGACACUUUGAGGCGGCAAAGCGAUAUUUCGAGGACCAUCUCGAAAGCUUCAUCGACAACUCAUACGUCCUGGAUCAGUAUAGUCAAUUCUUGUUGGAGAUCUCAGACGUUCAUGCGCUCACCAAGUUGGCGAGGGAGUACCCGCCAAAAGACGUAGAGCAGGCCGCAUCGGCCAACUGGGUUCUUGUUUUCCAGUGA